UUAUUUCACUCACUCACUCACCCAAUUGUGCCUACCAUUCAACAUCUUCAACUGUACUAUUUAUCUCUUCUUCUUCAUCUUAUCCCACACUUGUAGGGAUAAGUAGGUAGCUUUAGCUUCUGGAGAUCUAUGGAAAUGGCUACUAGAAUUCACAUUAUAGUGUUUCCAUUCCCAGUACAAGGCCACAUAAACCCGAUGCUGCAAUUCGCAAAGCGCUUAGCGUCCAAAGGUACUGGUAUUAAGGUCACACUAGUCACCACCACCUCGAGUACUAGCAGCAAUUCCAUACAAUUAGCUGAAUCCAGCUCAGUAAACAUAGAGAGCAUCUACGACGGUGUUGAUGAGGGUGAAAAGAUAGAGAGCUUCGACUUGUAUCUGGAGCGUUUCAAAGUCGCAAUCCCACGAAGCUUGGCAGAGUUCAUUCAGAGUAUUAAGAAACAAGAAAACAAACUAGUGCUGGUGUAUGAUUCAGUUAUACCAUGGGCUCUGGACAUUGCGCGGCAGUUGGGUGUUUAUGGAGCUUCGUUCUUCACUCAAUCGUGUGCCGUUUGUGCCAUCUAUUACCACGUGAAUCAAGGGUCUCUCCUCAACAUUAAUCCUCAUCGUCCACAAGGUCGACAAGGAAUAGCUGCUGCUGGAUCAUCAUCAUCCAUGGUAUCUGUACCUUCAGUGCCAGUAUUGCUCGGAAUUAAUGAUCUACCAUCCUUCAUCUGUGACACGGACUCAUAUCCAUUUCUCUUGACCAUCGUACUCGAUCAAUUUUCCAAUUUCCAUAAAGCAGAUUGGCUCUUGUUUAACACCUUUGACAAGCUGGAACGUGAGGUAGUAAACUGGAUGUCUAGCCGGUGGCCAAUGAUCAAGACAGUGGGACCGACUAUUCCAUCAAUGUACUUAGACAAGCGAUUAGAGGACGACAGAGAUUAUGGGCUGAAUCUUUUCAAGCCAGAUGCAGAAGCAUGCAUGAAGUGGCUAGAGAGCAAGGAAAGUAGGUCAGUUGUUUAUGUUUCAUUUGGGAGCUUGGCCAACCUAGGGGAAUUGCAAAUGGAGGAACUGGCAUGGGGCUUGUUGAUGAGCAACACCUACUUCUUGUGGGUAGUCAGGGCUUCCGAACAGAGUAAGCUUCCAAGCAAUUUCAUGGGCGGAGGCAAUUCGAAAGGUCUGGUUGUGAAUUGGUGUCCUCAACUAGAAGUUCUGGCUCAUCGGGCCGUGGGGUGUUUCGUAACUCACUGUGGAUGGAACUCAACACUAGAGGCCUUGAGCUUGGGAGUGCCGAUGGUUGCUAUGCCACAGUGGACGGAUCAAGCAACUAAUGCAAAAUGUAUCGUGGACGUAUGGCAUGCAGGGGUAAGGGUCAGGGUCGACAAUGAAAAGGGACUUGUCAGCAGAGAUGAGUUUGAGCUGUGCAUAAGACAAGUCAUGGAGGGAGAGAAAGGGAAUGAGCUUAGAAAGAAUGCUGUCAGGUGGAAAGAAUUGGCCAAGGAGGCGGUCCAUGAAGGUGGAAGCUCCGAUAACAACAUUGAGGAAUUUGUUUCAGAACUUGUAAGCACAUAGAAGAUGUAAUAUAUAUCGUAAUGUACAUCAUUCCCGAGAAACAACUACUACCGUUCACCAACAUUGCGGCAGAGGAGAGCGCAACAAGAGCUGCUGGACCACUCUCUAGUCCUUCAGCUAUGUCUUCCACGUAUACAAUCCUUCCUUCUUUUAUGUUAGAUAGAACCAUGUCCAGAAACUUCGGAUAGAGGUGGUAGUAUUCAAAAACCAGGAAUCCUUCCAUGUGGACUCGUUUUGUGACGAGACAGGACAAGUUGUGUACACCUUCAGGCUGCUCAAGGCUCUACUGUGAGAUCAUUCCACACACAGCAAUGCAAUUUAGAAGCCCAUGUACCUAUCCAGAAGUGCUCGAGGAAGAUCAUAGUGAUGAAGAUUGGCACAAUUAAGGAGUAAUGCCUGCAACCAAAACAUUUAAAACAGUAAUGUCCAACAGGUUUAGGAUUUUCUAUCCUUUUAAUUUGUGUGUUUUUGUUUUUAUUCUCAGCUAUCAAUUAAAGCAAUUAAUUUAAUA